AUGCAAGCCGAAGCAGUCGUCGAAUCGACAAACUCAUCAACUCGCACACCAGCUACGGACGAAAAGGAACUUAACAUACGCUCAGCAUUGGUACUCAGCGGUGCCUUCUGUGCGUUCUUUUGCAGUGUUGGUUUCUUCAAUGCAUUUGGCAUCUUCCAGGAAUAUUACCAUGCCCAUCAAUUGUCGGCCAAGUCAGAGUUUGACAUUUCAUGGAUUGGCAGUUUCGCAAUUUGUGCUAUGUAUCUCAGUUCACCUGCGAUUGGAAUCGCCUAUGAUAAGAUUGGACCAAACAUGCUAUUAGGCAUAGGCAGCGUUGGUGCCCUCUUCGCAAUCUUCAUGGUUUCGCUUUGCAAAGAGUACUAUCAGAUGUUCCUUGCGCAGGCUUUAGUCUUUGGCAUAAGCUCUGCUUUUCUGGUCACGCCUUCUUUGUCGACACUCACAAAGUAUUUUCGCAAGAAUCGUGCGCUGGGGAUGGGUAUCGUUGUUGCUGGCUCAUCUACCGGGGGCGUGAUAUGGCCUAUUGUGUUGGACCAACUCCUCAAUCAUACCCACCUUGGUUUUGGCUGGACUAUCCGAAUCAUCGCCUUCAUCAUGCUUCCGCUGCUUGCUCUGAGCUGUUUGCUUAUUCGCAGUCCUGCUGUGAUUCAGUCAUCCCUGGAUGAGAAAGACCAGACUCCUGCAGUAAAGCCAAAAGCGGAUCUCAGCAUCAUCAAAAAUCCGGCAUUUAUCCUUUGUUGCGCAGGUAUGGCUAUUGCUAACUUCGGCAUGUUCAGCCCGUUCUUCUAUAUCAGCUCUUAUGCUGGAUCACUCAACAUGUCGACAUCUUUCACUUUUUACCUCGUCUCUAUCGUCAAUGGUGCUUCCUUCUUUGGCAGGAUCUUACCUGGUAUCCUAGCUGAUCGUUACGGUUGUUUCAAUUUACUCUCCUCAGCUGCUCUGGUCUCUGGUGUCGUAGCAUUCUGCUGGACCGGAGCGACUAAUGUCGCUGGUGUUACUGUCUGGGCCCUUGCUUAUGGCUUCGCUUCUGGCGCUAUCAUGAGUCUUCAAACAGCUUGCGUCUCGCGAUUAGCAACACCGCAGACUAUGGGUACUGCUAUGGGAUUGGCUAUGGGUUCCAUUGCUCUCAUGGCUCUCUUCGGAACACCUAUCAGCGGUCAGCUUGUCGGCCAAUACGGCUAUCUGGCAUUGAGCAUGUUUGCAGGGGCCACACUGGUUGCUGGCUCUGUCUUGAUUGCAUGCGCUCGAUUCGUCCAAGAUAGAAGACUCUUUGCAGUGGUCUGA